CGUUAAAAUGAUUGAUACAAAGGUUUAGGUCAAGCCAACUCCCGCUGCAUUGCUCACCUCGCUUUUCUUUCAUCCACUUUCGAGCAUGAGCAAGAUCCUACUCGUUGGUGCUACAGGCUAUCUUUGACUACAUGAAGUGUCUCGAUAUCAAGGAGCCAUACUCGCAGCGAACGACCGAGAUCACAAUACUGGGGACCGCGGCUGAACGAGGUAUGCAAGCUGUCAUUUUGCAGGCACCGUGCAUCUUUGGCGAGGGCACUGGACUGUUCAACCAGCAAAGCUUUGGUCAUCCUCUGAUCCUCUGGUACGCUGUGCAGCAUGGUCAUGGAUUUAAGUUGAACAACAAGGCCAACUUCGACUGGGCUCAUGUUGUUGACCUGGCUGACUACUUCGUUCUCUUGAUACUUCCCAGCAUAGAGAAGUCCGGCUUGUGCCACUACAGAAAGAGCUCGCAGAAGACAUUGCCCAAAGCAUCAUCCGUUUAAGAAAAUAGAGACUUGGCGUUGGGUAGAGAAGAAGAGAAACGUAGUAAAGUUGAAUCUUCUUACGCUUCCUAUUGUGCCAUGUACGGCUUGUCUGGAGAAUUUGACGUUUCAA